AUAGGGUAUAACUCCAGUGUACUGUGCAGUGGGUCUAUUUGCAAAUUGCACGCAACAUAUCCAAGAAAUUGGAUUGUACUAGACUAAUCAGUGGAUUGAUUCAGGGCCACCACAGGCACCUUUUAUAGUCUACAGGAAUAUUGAUGUGGUUUAAAAAUGUAAAAGUAUGCGAGGGCUUGCCAUGCUGUAUGUCGCGUAUCUCUAGCUCCCCUGUAGGCUUGGGCUACCAAAGAGCAUUGAAAUAAAGCGAGCCGUCGAACUAGUCUGGCUACUACUCUCUCCCCGGCACGGAAACCGGUUGCUGUCAGAAUACGGCACAACCUAAUUAUUUCAUUUCAAGGGAGACAAAUUUACUUUAAAUUCGGGAGUUCGUAAAGCCUACUACACAGGUGAAGAAGACCAACCUCACAUCAAAGCGGCGCCCGAGAUUAUCGUGAAUUUAUUUGGAGUGCAGUAGCUCUGGAAAACAACCAGAAAAAGAGUGUGAGGGGGGGAAAGAGGGAAAAAGAGCAAGACCAUGGCUCAGAUUAAGCUGCAGAAUGUGGAGGACUACUAUGAGAUUGGAGAGGUUCUUGGCAGUGGUCACUUUGGGCAAGUGCGUGCGGUGCUGGAGCGGGCGUCUGGGGUCCACUGGGCGGGGAAGUUCCUGAAGCUGCGUCGGAGCGCUAGUAGCCGCCUGGGCCUGGAGAAGAAGAGUGUGGAGACGGAGGUGGAGAUACUGCAGAGCCUGCAGCACGCCAACGUCAUGGCCCUCAGGGACGUGUUUGAGAGUCGCGCCGAGGUGGUGCUCAUCGUGGAGCUUAUCAGUGGUGGGGAGCUGUUUGAUUUCAUAGCAGAGAAGGAGAGCCUGUCUGAGGAGGAGGCCAUAGAGUUCUUGAAGCAGAUCCUCAUGGGAGUGGGCUUUAUGCACACUAAGAACAUUGCCCACUUUGACCUCAAGCCAGAGAACAUCAUGCUGGCUGACAAGACGAUUCCACACCCCCACAUCAAGAUCAUUGACUUUGGACUGGCCCAUCGCUUCAAACAGGGAGAGGAUUACAGGAGCCUAUCUGGGACCCCACAGUACAUCUCCCCUGAGGUGAUUAACUACGAACCCCUGAGCGAGGCAGCCGACAUUUGGAGUAUUGGUGUGAUAACCUACAUAUUGUUGAGUGGUUUGUCCCCCUUUCAAGGAGAUAAUGAUGAGGAGACACUAAAGAACAUCGUGGGGAUGAUCUAUGAUUUUGAAGAGAACUAUUUCAACCAGACCAGCACCAUGGCCAAAGACUUUAUUGAGAAACUGCUGGUCAAAGACCCAAUAGAGAGAAUGACAGCGGAUGAAUGUCUAGUACACCCUUGGAUCAAGCCCCUCACGCGCAAACAGGCGGAUAACAGAAGUCGAUCGUCCAUCAACAUGAAAAGCUUCAAGAAGUUCAACGCCAAAAGGAAAUGGAAGAUGUCGUAUAACAUGGUGUGGGCGUGUAACAGAUUAUUUCGCCUGCAGUUGCAGUGUAAAAGCAGGUCCCAGGAGGACCCAGAACUGAGGCAGUGUGAGAGCGACCAGGAGGACACGGAGACCAAGCCUGCUUCUCUCAUUCGCCGCAGACUCAGCAGCAGUUCUUAAAUAAGACCACUGGGGUCACUAACACAGCCUCAGACCACCUCUAUCCAUCCCACCAUGGGGAAAUGGAGAGAAGCCUUUUGUGAGUGUACCAAUCACAAUACGAGUAACGAACCCGUGAUGUACCAAUCACAAUACGAGUAAUGAACCCGUGAUGUGCAGGUGCCUAAAGCCAGUGUUAGUCCACGGAGUUGAAUCUUAAAGUCUCAGACACGGUUCCUGAUAAAACCACUGUAGUUUACCAAACUGCUUCUGUUACACUUCACCCCCAUUUGACCUAGUAUUUGCCUGUGCCUUUUAUGUAUUUGCCUGUGCCUUUUAUGUAUUUGCCUGUGCCUUUUAUGUAUUUGCCUGUGCCUUUUAUGUAUUUGCCUGUGCCUUUUAAGUUUGACACAUUUAUUUUCUGAAAAUGCCAAAACUUUUCUUUAGGUUUGAUGGUGCACGGGAUAGAGUUUGUCACACUUAUAGCUAACCUCAAUUGCAAUUAUAAUGCCUUACAAUAUUAUGUGGUUAAAAGCCUUAUCAAACUUCAUCUUAGGUAUACUUUAUUGAACAUUUCAACUAUUUUUGGCUUAUGUCAAAGGUCAAAUUUAUAGUUGUUUUUGAAAGGGAAAGCUACUUUAUAACAUUGUGUAGGCUUGUUUUUUAUAUAUAAUAAUGAGAAUUUAAUACUGACAACAACCAUGUUUUGUGAAUUGUGUGAUGGUGAAUAAGAAAAUGUUAGUCUAUGAUGUUAAAGCUAUCACAGUAUAUACGUUUGUUACUUUAAAAGCCCACAAUUUUUUAAAGACAGCAGACUACUUGUACUGGUUGAGUUAUCAGUUUCUGUGGCACAUGAUUUUACCAUAUUUGAACCAUGAGGUCAAGAUAGUCAGUGAACUGCAACCUGUAUCUUACUUGACCACUGCGAACCUAUAGUUAACAUCACAAUCAUUGUAAAAGUUCAUUGCAACAGACAAACGGAUUAGAAGAAGUGAGGCCUACAAACUUCAGUCUUUCAGUUCUUAUUCUAAAUGUUCUAAAUUGUUUCCAGGCUGUCAACCUCAUAUUCUUAUCAAAGGGUGGGGAAUUUUUGCCAUUUUCCUCUGGGUUUAUACAAGGGUAUGGCGGUUUUGAAACGGGGUUGAAUAGUUGGCACUUCCAAGAUGAGCAGGAUCCAAGGAGUCAGCAGCAUUCUUGGAGAGAGGGGGCCAAGGAAAUAAAGAGCUUUCACACACUGUAAAUUCCUGAAUCUGCCCAUGCCCUAUCUCCUUCCGAUGUGCAUCCUACAGAGCACAUGUCUGUUGCCAUAGAGGACUCACCAACAGACGCACUCGAGCAUGCAAGAGAGGUGAGUUUGGAAUUAGGCAACCAUUAAAAUUGAAGUAAAAGUGCAUAAUAUAAUAAGUGUUCAAGGUGUUCAGUAUAUGUGUAAUUCGUAAGCAUGAACACCCACACAUACAGUAUAUACAGGUGAGAGGAGAUGCGCAAACAGCCAUGUCUAGCGAAACGGAGUAACAGGCUACACACUUAGGGCUUGCCAAGCAUUAUCGUGGGAGUGUUGACUCGUACACAGAGCGAGACAAACAAAACGUCAAACGGGUUUCCUUCUCGUGAUCAAGUGACACAUGGCACUUUACCUGUAGACGUUUGAGGAAUGCGGAUGGUCUGCAUUUAUUUUUAUUAAUUGGACAAAGUUAAAUGUAAAAAAAUAUAUAUCAGGAAGACUGUGGUAUACCUAUAAUUAAAACGGCUAUUAUACUGUAGUUUUUCCGACUAAACCGUGGGAAGACGUGAAAAGCUCUGGACAAUCAUUAUAUCUGCACGCUGGUUGGAAAGUUGGCUAUCGCAGAAGGUGCAGCCACCAAACCGGUGAGUCAUUUGCAAAUAAUUUAUACAUUUUUUACCUGACCAUGAACUAAAAGUCUAUGUAUGUAUACUGAACAAAAAAAUAAACUCGGCAUGCAACAA